AUGCUGGGAUUCGUGAUGUGUGCAUUCUGGCUUGCGUUUGCGCUUGGAGGUUUCGCUUUCCACUUCACUAACCACACAAUUGGAUCGGAUUAUUCUAGCGGCCGCAACGAUGUCAUCAUGCAGUUCAUUGCGAUUGCUUUCUGCGGAUUAAUUUUCUGGUACAUUGCGCACCUUGCCCGUGAGUACUGCCGUGAAGUUACCAUCAUGUGCCAGCAUAUCGGACUGUUCCGUGUUGCAACUGCUGAAAGCUUCUGCUGCUCUGUAAAGCACAGAAGACCCGGUGGCGACGAGCCCAUGAUGUGCGACCGAGAGGUGAUGCAGAAAUGCAUCAAUAUCUGGUUUGGGGGCACGGAAGCUUUUGAACGGCAUGUUCAAAGCGAUUUAUGUGAUUUGCUGGUGGAUCAGCUUUCCAAUCACAUGGUUUCAUACUGGCGUUUAGCCGAGGCCGCUCCGGUAUUCUUGUGGUUUCAUCUUGAUGUAGUGGCACGUCACCUACGCAUACGGUAUUUCACAGAUUCGGCAGAGGAUGGAGCAUUGCUAACUGGAAUCUUGAUUCUUCUCGUGGGCCUGUCUUACUGGCUAGGGGUGGUUCCGAUGCUGGUCCGCAUAAUGUUUCGCUUGUCUUGGACCAUGCAGGCAAGGUGUCACUGCCGACUACUGGACUACUUCAAGUCCUUGCUCCUCCUCCUGCCAGGAAUCUCCAUUUUUGGCGCCUUCGUCUUUCUCCACUUCUUCCUUUCCGGGUAUCUUCCGUAUGAUUUGGGUUCGCUCACUUUCGCACUCAUAACGAAUCCUCUCGCAGCGCUGGUCUGGCGAAGCCUCCCAGUACCUCUGCCACAGCAGAACAUGAGACUAGCAAGAGAAGACGCUCAGUCGUAA